GGUCAACUAACCCUAAGCGAUACACAACUAACACAACUAACGACCCCCCGCAGUGCACCUUCCGUAACGCCCAAGCCUCAAUUGAAUAUACUCUAUUUCCAUUUGGGGACUUGGAAUUAUUCCAGAUUUUCGCACGACUCUACCCACCCACCAAACUCACCUUUUACAUCUCUACACAACAAAACCACUCUUCGAGGAUCGCACCGGUGUCAAACAAACAAAUCAAGAUGUCGGACGUAGAAGAGAACAACGCACCCGAAGCCCCCGAGGAGGUUGAAGUUUCCGCCGAUGCCUCCAAGGGCCAGAUGUCCGUUCUGGACGCCCUCAAGGGUGUCUUGAAGCUUGCCCUCAUGCACGACGGUCUCGCCCGGGGUCUUCGCGAAGCAUCCAAGGCUCUCGACCGACGAGAAGCUCACAUGUGUGUCCUGAACGAGUCCUGCGAGGAGGAGGCCUACAAGAAGCUGGUCAUCGCCCUCUGCUCCGAGCACAAGAUUCCCCUGAUCAAGGUUCCCGACGGAAAGCAACUGGGCGAGUGGGCUGGUCUCUGCGUCUUGGACCGAGAAGGCAACGCGCGCAAGGUAGUCAACUGCUCCUGCGUGGUUGUCAAGAACUGGGGUGAGGAGUCGACCGAACGAUCCAUCCUCCUCAACUACUUCCAGACCGAGCAGUAAAGGGAUUCAUAUCAACAGGCGUUGUGCGGGGAUAUAGACAGUGGAACGGGAUGAUUUUUUUCAAGCCAUCGUCAUGAACCCUUAGCAUGUACUUUACCGGCUUGUCCAUCUGGCAUAGAUGCUAGAUAGGUAAAAAGUAAAAAAAAGGGUGCCCAUACUGCAUCAGGAAUCAAGGAAAAACUUGCAUUACCAA